AAGCUAACCAUUCAGCCAAGGACGCUUGCUUUGAUACAUUUCGUUAAAAUUGCCCAUUUGGACAACCGUUCAAAGAUUAAAUUAAAACAGUCGUUAUACGGAAUAUCACAAAAGGUAUGGUACUUUUGUCCAUUAAACAAUAAGGCAUGUAUUGCCAUUCUGAACGACAAAAUGAGACGUCGUCAGAGGCCAUGUUGUUAGUUAGCUGCUAACGUCAGCUAGAGUUAGCUAACUAGAUGUUCGCCAGCUAACAUUUCAACUUGAAACUCAAACGUUAUCAUGACAUGUGUUCAUGCUCUCCUUGUUUUGACUAGACACUAGACAGGAUGGCUGCAGACUGGUUGGGUAGUCUGGUCUCGAUAAACUGCGGAGAAGCCCUGGGGGUGUACCAAGGCGAGGUGUCGUCUGUGGACCAAUCCAGCCAGACCAUCUCCCUCAGGCAGCCCUUCCACAAUGGAGUCAAGUGCCCUGUGCCCGAGGUCACUUUUAGGUACUACUGUUUAUUAUUUUCAUGGAAUUUUUUUAUCUUUCCUGAAAGCGUUGUAAUACAAGAUCAUAAUAACUGUAUUGUAUGCUUGUGUUGUCAGGAUACCAGAAUUUUGAAUUUUUACCAGGUUUAUUAUCAUGAUACUGGAUUCAUCACGAUACUUGAUACCAUCACGAUACUUGAUACCAAAACGAUUCCAAAAUGAUACCAAAACGAUACCAAGGCAAAAAAAAGAAGGUGUAUUAGCCAAAGUCAAAGAAUGACACUUACAUUUACAUUUACAUUUUAGUAAUUUAGCAGACGCUCUUAUCCAGAGCGACUUACAGUUAGUGAGUGCAUACAUUUUUCAUACUGGCCCCCCGUUGGAAACGAACCCACAACCCAUAUCUGUAUUUCCAGUCAUGUGAAAUCCAUAGAUUAGGGCCUAAUGACUUGAUCCAGAUAUAUCUUUUGAGUUCAAUAUCAUUACAUUUGAAAUGUUAGAUUUUUAGAAUGAAUACAUUAAUGAAUCAAUUAAUCAAUCAUUCAAUCAAUUAUACUUUUGUUUGCCUAUAAGUACAUAACAACAUAAUGGCAAUAAUUGAUUUGAAUGGUAAAUCUCUAUUGAUAAACCUGGUAAAUCAAGACGUAGCCUUGGCAACACAUUUUAAUGUCACAUGCACAAGUUCAGUGAAAUGCCUUUCUUGCAAACUCACAAAACCCAACAAUGCAAUAAUCAAAAAAUUCACACGAGAAAUAAGAUUAAGACAUAUGAAAUGCACAAUAAAGGAAGUAAGUAAGUCGCUCUGGAGAAGAGCGUCUGCUAAAUGACUAAAAUGUAAAUGUAAAUAUACAGGAAAUAUUUAAAGAGUAAGUUCCAAUACCAUAUUUACAUGUGCAGGGAUACUAGCGUGAUGGAGGUAGAUCAAAUCAAAUCUAAUUCAAAUAGAAUUUUAUUUGCCACAUGCGCCGAAUACAACAGGUGUAGACAUUACAGUGAAAUGCUUACUUACAAGCCCUUAACCAACAAUGCAGUUUAAAAAAAUGAAAAAAGUAAAAUAAGUGUUAAGUAAAAAAAUUAAUAAAAUAAUAACUAAAGAGCAGCAGUGAAGUAAAAUAACAGUAGGGAGGUUAUAUACGGGGGGGUACUGGUACAGAGUCAAUGUGCCGGGGCACCGGCUAGUCGAGGUAAUUGAGGUAGUAUGUACAUGUGGGUAGAGUUAAAGUGACUAAGUAUAAAUAGUAAACAGAGUAGCAGCAGCGUAAAAGGGGGGGGGGGGGGGGGGGGCAGUGCAAAUAGUCUGGGCAGCCAUGAUUAGCUGUUCAGGAGUCUUAUGGCAUGGGGGUAGAUAUGUAAAGAGGUAAGGUGACUAGGCAACAGGAUAUAAGGUAAACAGAGUAGCAGCAGCUUGUAUGUGAGUGGGUGGGUGUGUGUAGAGUCAGUAUAAAUAUAUGUGCAUAUUAUAUGUGAGUGAGAAAAUGAUGGAGCCAGUGUUUGUGUGUGUGUGUGUGUUGGAGUGAGUUUGUAGGGCCCUGUGAGUGACAAUACAGGUGAAUGCAUAUUCAAUAGGCUUGUGUGCAUACAUUGAGUUAUUGAGCUUGUUUCAGCUGAUUUCAUGACAGAUGAAAAACUAUCUGUUAACCUUCUAUUCGGGACUUAUUUUAUUGUGCUGAUCAACAACAUUUGCGUAGAAGAAGCUUAUUCAUAUUUUGCGUUAUGGUUAGCAUAUUAUCGCAAACAAGGUACUAGGAUAGUGAAUUUAUGUUGGCAAGGAAAGUUAGCCUACAAAGCUGUAAGCUACCGGUAUAUUCUUGCAUUGUAGUGUUCUAGCCUGUACUGGACAUUGUUUUGGGAAUAGUAAUUAACAGUUUCAACAUUUCUACAUGCUGCUUUGCAUUAUCAAUGAUGUAUAUAAACCCUAGAUUGCUGAUGAUAUGUAUUGGCCAUUGAGAGGCUUUGAAGCCACCGGCGGCCAUAUUGUCACUCCCCAGUAGGAGCAGUCCUCCAUAGGAAUGAAUGGAAUUCUACAUUAUUUCAAUUAAAUGUUUCAAGGACAAAUAACAUGUACACCAAACAAAGAUAUAAACGCAACAUGUAAAGAGUUGGUUUCAUGAGCUGAAAUAAAAGAUCCCAGAAAUGUUCCAUACGCACAAAAAAGCUUAUUUCUCUCAAAUUUUGUGCACAAAUUUGUUUACAUCCCUUUUUAGUGAUCAUUUCUCCUUUGCCAAGAUAAUCCAUCCACCUGACAGGUGUGGCAUAUCAAGAAGCUGAUUAAAAAGCAAGAUCAUUACACAGGUGCACCUUGUGCUGGGGACAAUAAAAGCCCACUCUAAAAUGUGCAGUUCUGUCACACAACACAAUGGCACAGAUGUCUCAAGUUUUGAGGGAGUGUGCAAUUGGCAUGCUGACUGCAGGAAUGACCACCAGAGCUGUUACCAGAGAAUUUAAUGUACAUUUUUCUACCAUAAGCCACCUCCAACGUUGUUUUAGAGAAUUUGGCAGUAUGUCCAACCGGCCUCACAACCGCAGACCAAGUGUAACCACGCCAGCCCAGGACCUCCACAUCCGGCUUCUUCACAUGCGGGAUCGUCUUGAGACCAGCCACCCAGACAGCUGAUGAAACUGUGGGUUUGCACAACCAAAGAAUUUCUGCACAAACUGUCAGAAACCGUCUCAGGGUCUUGACCUGACUGCAGUUUGGCUUCAUGCUCACCUUCGAUGGCCACUGGACUGGGACAGCCCCCCUGGGCCGGUGACGGUUCCUGUCUUGUCACUAGAGAAGUGUGCGCUUCACGGAUGAAUCCUGGUUUCAACUGUACCGGGCAGAUGGCGUGGUGUGGGCGAGCGGUUUGCUGAUGUCAACGUUUUGAACAGCGUGGCCCGUGGCAGUGGUAGACGUGUACGACACCGCGUUCCAGUUCCCGCCAAUAUCCACCAACUUCGGACAGCCAUUGAAGAGGAGUGGGACAACAUUCCACAGGCCACAAUCAACAGCCUGAUCAACUCUAUGCAAAGGAGAUGUGUCGCGCUGCAUGAGGCAAAUAGUGGUCACACCAGACACUGACUGGUUUUCUGAUCCACACCCCUACCUUUUUUAAAAAGGUAUAUGUGACUAACAGAUGCAUAUCUGUAUUCCCAGUCAUGUGAAAUCCAUAGAUUAGGACCUAAUGAAUUUAUUUAAAAUUGACUGAUUUCCUUAUAUGAACUGUAACUCAGUAAAAUUUUUGAAAUUGUUGCAUGUUGCGUUUUAUAUUUUUGUUCAGUGUAGUUUGAAAGUCACUGCAAAAGAUUAACACAUUCUGCCCAGACCUCUACAGAAAUGUGAUCAAACUUGCGAUUCCACUUUCGUUUAGAUUCAGUUCCAACAUUUCCAAAUCAUACAGCAAAUGAUGGCGUUUUUUUGCUACCGUAAAAGGUGAAUGGAGGGCGUUUUCCAGGCGGGGUUGUAACGCUCGUUCACGGGCGCACACAUAUUAUAUUUCUCUGAUUUAUCAAUGAAAACAAGCAAAUAUGUUUUUUUUUUUUUUUUGGGGGGGGGGGGGGGGAUAUAUAUGACCAACAGAUGCAUAUCUGUAUUCCCAGUCAUGUGAAAUCUAUAGAUAAGGGCCUAAUAAUAAUAACUGCAUUUCAAUUGACUGAUUUCCUUACAUGAACUGUAACAGUCACAUCUUUCAAAUUGUUGCAUGUUGCGUUUUUAUAUAGUUUACAUGUUGUUGACAUAAACUAUAUUUGGUCUCCAAUGUUUAUUGAAAACGUAAAUAAAUUUGCACAAUGAGGUUGUUUUCUCGUUACAGUUGUUGGUUAGCUAGCUAAUGAAUUUGAGCCAUAUUAGCAUUGACAUGAAAUCAGUCAAAACACCUCAAAACAAGACAUGGUAUCAAGAACAAGAUGAAACGAGCCUCCACAUGUCAGUCUCUUGUCAUUGUUGGUAGCUAUCUGGCCAUCCAGAAUCACAACAACUCAAGGACUUCUGUCCCAUUUUGAAGCGAUUGGCAUCGUUUUCGUGAUGUUGUCAACUCUAAGCCAUCUGUAGCUUCCAAAAUAUUUUCUACAGUGGAGGAGUUCCAAGAUGGCUUCAAUACAGCGCCCCCUGCCAGUCACCCAGGGUUAAUACACAUCACAAGUGGUGGCGCCCCCUGCCAGUCAUCCAGGGUUAAUGCACACGUGGUGAUGCAGCCUAGACUCCAGUGAGUUCAGUGGUUCCCUCAUGGCAGACUCUCUUAACAAUGAGUAAGUGGAGCAGGCAAGAGGUAUGAACGGUGCGCUCCCGUUUAUAAGGGGACAUCGGCUGAGCUGAAUGACAGACUUGAUCCUCUCUCAAUCAGUAUAUGACAUGAGACACAAAAAUUAUAGUACCGAACCGUUUUUCAUUUUCUAUUAACGAAAAAGUACAUACAUUUCGGUAUACCGUGCAACACUAUUGUAAACAAUGCUAUAUUUUUAAUUUGUAAUCCCUGCCCCCGUCCCCGCAGGAGGCCUUUUGCCUUUUGGUAGGCCGUCAUUGUAAAUAAUAAUUUUAUUGCAGAGUUCCUGAACCUAAAAACAAGUCAAACACUGAUUGUAGGUAAUGGAUGAAAAAUGAUCUUAGUACUACAAAGCUUUUGGGAAACUCACCCCUGUAUAUUUUGCCAAUUUGACAUAGGCCUUACAUGUGCAAACCAACAGUUGAUUGUCUGUCUCAGACCCCAAAAAGACAGGCUGUUUCACACUUCCAUCUUGUCAAAUUAUACAAAUGUACACCGCAUGAAUUCACUCAGUAGAAAAGACCUUCAAAGUUGUCAAACCAAUUGCCUAUAGGCUAUAUGAUUGUCUACCAGGGGUUGAGAUCAAUUCUAUUUUCACUCAGUCUAGAAUUGCCUGUUGUCUACCACAGUACCAUGCCAACUAAAUCAAAGCCUGUAUAUGACUGUCUUUUCUCCCACAGUGCCAUGGACAUCAAGGAGCUUAAGGUCCUGGACAUAGUGAGCGGUAGAGGUGGUGUGGUUCAGAAGAUCAGCGCUCCAGUGUCGGUCCCACACAGAGGACACCACAGGACCCAGGAGAGGCUGGCUUCACCACAGCAGCAGUGCUCUAAAAGUUCUGGAGAUAAACACCUGGAGGUGCCAGGCCAGCCCAAGGGCUUCCGACGGAGACACAACUCCUGUAAGUACCGGCACACUCCAGGGUCAUCAUGUUCAUUAGGCGUCAAUAGAACCGGCACACUCCAGGGUCAUCCUGUUCAUUAGGCGUCAAUAGAACCGGCACACUGCAGGGUCAUCAUGUUCAUUAGGCGUCAAUAGAACCGGCACACUGCAGGGUCAUCAUGUUCAUUAGGUGUCAAUAGAACCGGCACACUGCAGGGUCAUCAUGUUCAUUAGGCAUCAAUAGAACCGGCACACUGCAGGGUCAUCAUGUUCAUUAGGCAUCAAUAGAACCGGCACACUGCAGGGUCAUGUUCAUUAGGUGUCAAUAGAACCGGCACACUGCAGGGUCAUCAUGUUCAUUAGGCGUCAAUAGAACCGGCACACUGCAGGGUCAUCAUGUUCAUUAGGUGUCAAUAGAACCGGCACACUGCAGGGUCAUCAUGUUCAUUAGGCAUCAAUAGAUUCGGUUUUCCAUUAAAACAAUAUGAAAAGUCCAUAGAAUUCCAUGUGAAUUCACAAUGCAGCUGUGCUGCUGCCAGCAAUGGUUAGGGUCUCACGGUGCGUCCCUUUCAGAUGGUUUGGGUCUCACGGUGCGUCCCUUUCAGAUGGUUAAGCAUUGCACCCGUACUACCAUUACUGUACCUCAAUUCCACCUCACAAAGUCUGCAUUUCCUUCUCAUUUAACUUCUCACAGUAUUGCCAUAUAGGACUUCACUGCUUUCGCUUGCCUUUCCCUGACAUUUUUCCGACUGUUAACGACGAUGUUGUAGAGGUGGCGUCGACUCCAAAAUAAUUGAUUCCUCGACUCCUUGCACGCCGACUCCUGCAUUAAUACUGCAUUAUAGGACUGAAUCAUUUAAAGGGAUACUUCAGGAUUUUAGCAAUGAAUCCCUUUAUCUACUUCCCCAGAGUCAGAUUAACUCAUGGAUACCAUUUUUAUGUCUCUGCGUGCAGUUUGAAGUUGCCGACCUAGCGUUAGCUCAAUGACUGGAAGUAUAUAGUAACCGCUAGCAUGCUAGUAGAUACCAUAGACUUCCAUUCAUUGCGAUAACGCUAGUUAGCAUUGGCUCGCGAAACUACCUCGAACUUCCUUCAUACUGGAUGCAGACAUAAAAAUGGCAUCCACGAGUUAAUCUGACUCUGGGGAACUAGAUAGGGCACUGGUCACGGCUGGAUAUGCUGCGCUUCCACUCUCCAAAUCUAUGCCAUUAUCAACUUUGUUACUGUUAAAAGACCUGCUUUUGGUAGGUCUUAAAACGUCCCAUUAGCGCUGCAUGAAACUGUCACACUUGCGCUUGUUUUUAAAGGAAAAAUCCACCCAAAGGCACUAAUUCCUAUAAUUUACAGUGUUCAAUAACACUGUGAGAACAAUCUUUUUUCUUAACAAAGGUUUCAUUUUAUCUUUAUAAUAAGGUUGGUUAGAAACAUAUAAAAUCAUUGUGGAAAUCUGUUGCAGCUCAAGUGGACUACAAAAUCCACAAUGCAAUGCUUUCUCUAUGGGCUAGAUGGCUAGCUAGCAAGCAAACGUAGCUACACACAAUAGUACCAAGGUCAAUAUCAGCAUGUGAAGUAGCUAGUUAGCUGUAAAAACCCCAUAAACAAACUGCACUAUCAAUUUAGGAGUCUACAAUCUCACCAUGUUCAUUCGCAACGGCCAUACAUUACAUUUACAUUUACGUCAUUUAGCAGACGCUCUUAUCCAGAGCGACUUACAAAUUGGUGCAUUCACCUUAUAGCCAGUGGGAUAACCACUUUACUUUACAAUGCCCUCGUUUGGGUGUAGGGACUGAUCAGAGCCAUACAACGGCACCAUGCAAUGCAACUUGGACUGAAGAGGCAGACCAAUAGGAGGAAUGUGUUAGACCCUGGACUGAAGAGGCAGACCAAUAGGAGGAAUGUGUUAGACCCUGGACUGAAGAGGCAGACCAAUAGGAGGAAUGUGUUAUACCCUGGACUGAAGAGGCAGACCAAUAGGAGGAAUGUGUUAUACCCUGGACUGAAGAGGCAGACCAAUAGGAGGAAUGUGUUAGACCCUGGACUGAAGAGGCAGACCAAUAGGAGGAAUGUGUUAGACCCUGGACUGAAGAGGCAGACCAAUAGGAGGAAUGUGUUAGACCCUGGACUGAAGAGGCAGACCAAUAGGAGGAAUGUGUUAGACCCUGGACUGAAGAGGCAGACCAAUAGGAGGAAUGUGUUAGACCCUGGACUGAAGAGGCAGACCAAUAGGAGGAAUGUGUUAGACCCUGGACUGAAGAGGCAGACCAAUAGGAGGAAUGUGUUAGACCCUGGACUGAAGAGGCAGACCAAUAGGAGGAAUGUGUUAGACCCUGGACUGAAGAGGCAGACCAAUAGGAGGAAUGUGUUAUACCCUGGACUGAAGAGGCAGACCAAUAGGAGGAAUGUGUUAGACCCUGGACUGAAGAGGCAGACCAAUAGGAGGAAUGUGUUAGACCCUGGACUGAAGAGGCAGACCAAUAGGAGGAAUGUGUUAUACCCUGGACUGAAGAGGCAGACCAAUAGGAGGAAUGUGUUAGACCCUGGACUGAAGAGGCAGACCAAUAGGAGGAAUGUGUUAGACCCUGGACUGAAGAGGCAGACCAAUAGGAGGAAUGUGUUAGACCCUCUGUUAAAUUACACAUUUCUCGAGGUAGGAAUAUCGCAAAAAAUAUGAUCAAUGGCUCAUUCGAGAAAAGACAACCUCCCACGUAAUGACAUCGGCCAGUAAUAAAAUCUAAAAAAUUUUGCAAUCUAAAAGUCGUAUUCCUAUUAACUUCCAGUGUAGUGAGAAUGGCUUUGUCGCAAUGCUACGUCUUAUCGGCCCAAUCUCUGACCUCCUUGAACAGCAAUAGCUUAGAUACACAUGAAUACAUGAAAUUAUCCCGGGAGUCGAUAGAACAUAGCGACAGAGCACAUAGAUGAACAACAACAAUAUAACAACAUUAUUUUCUUUUAAGGAGACACCUCAAAUAUUGCCACCCCUCCCACCUCUGAUGUUAGACAGUGCGCCAGUUUUUACAUUACGAAAUUGCAAACAAACUUGACACUUGCGCCAACACUAGUUGCAAACUGUUGUGUGCCCUAAUGAACACGACCCAAGUUUACCUCUUGUUGAGGACCAGAGACUAGUUAGCGUUUGGUAGAUACCUACUAGUGAGGAUGGUAGUUGACCAGAGACUAGUUAGCGUUUGGUAGAUACCUACUAAUGAGGAUGGUAGUUGACCAGAGACUAGUUAGCGUUUGGUAGAUACCUACUAAUGAGGAUGGUAGUUGACCAGAGACUAGUUAGCGUUUGGUAGAUACCUACUAGUGAGGAUGGUAGUUGACCAGAGACUAGUUAGCGUUUGGUAGAUACCUACUAAUGAGGAUGGUAGUUGACCAGAGACUAGUUAGCGUUUGGUAGAUACCUACUAGUGAGAAUGAUAGUUGACCAGAGACUAGUUAGCGUUUGGUAGAUACCUACUAAUGAGGAUGGUAGUUGACCAGAGACUAGUUAGCGUUUGGUAGAUACCUACUAAUGAGGAUGGUAGUUGAAUGAAAAUCAUCAAUUCAUUACAUUUCCUGAUUGCAUAUUGUGUCAGCAGUCUCCGAUUUUCUAAACUGCUUUUGUUUUGGGGUAUCACAGGGUCGUCCAGUAGUCGGGGCGCCAACCAGGUCACCCCCAAGAAGAACGGCGUGAAGAACGGAGGAGGGGGUCAGAGGCAGCACAGGGACGAUGAGUGUUUCGGGGACAAUAUGGACGACGGCCUGGACACAGACUUUGACUUCGAGGGGAACCUGGCGCUGUUCGACAAAGCUGCCGUGUUCUCGCAGAUCGACGGGUCGGAUCGCCGCGGUAACGGGGCCCGGUCGCACGGUACGCCGCAGGAGCAGACGUCGUCGCAAUACCGCCACGACAAGAACAUUCUAGAGACCAAACCUGUGGUGUACAGGCAGAUAGCUGUCCCACAGCCUGGGGGUAAAGAGUAUUGCACUGGUACGCAUCUUCUCUUUUCUUUUCUGGGGCGGCAGGUAGCUUAGUGGUUAAGAGCAUUGUGCCAGUAACCGAAAGGUCGCUGUUCUAAUCCCCGAGCCGACUAGGUGAAAAAUCUGUCGAUGUGCCCUUGAGCAAGGCACUUAACCCUAAUUGCUCCUGUAAGUCGCUCUGGAUAAGAGCGUCUGCUAAAUGACUAAAAAUGUAAAAAAAAUGUGAUCUACAAAUGAAUCCGAUUUUAGAUUAUGCUUAUUCUUUCCGUUCGUUUGAAUUUUCUUUAUUUAUUUCACCUUUAUUUAAGCAGGUACUCGUGUUUAGAACACAGUCUCUUUCACAGAUGAGCCCUGCGUUAAACAACAAUUACACUGUACAUAUCUACACUGAGUGAUCCCAAACAUCAGGAACACCUUCCUAAUAUUGAGUUGCACCCCCCCCCCCCCUCCCUCAAUUCACCGGGGCAUGGAUCAAGGUGUUGAAAGCGUUCCACAGGGAUGCCGGCCCAUGUCUACUCCAGUGCUUCCCACAGUUGUCAAAUUGGCUGGAUGUCCUUUUGGGUGGUGGACCAUUCUUGAUACACACGGGGAAACUGUUGAGCGUGAAAAAAACCCAGCAGCGUUGCAGUUCUUGACACAAACCGGUGUGCCUGGCACCUACUACCAUACCACGUUCAAAGGCACUUGAAUCACCCUCUGAAUGGCACACAUACCCAAUCCAUGUCUCAGUCGUCUCAAUACUGAAAAAUCAUCCUUUAACCUGUCUCCUCCCCUUCAUCUACACUGAUUGAAGUGGAUUUAACAGGUGACAUCAAUAAGGGAUCAUAGACUGACAAGGUGAAAGUUAUGUCACGGAAAGAGCAGGUGUUCAUAAUGUUUUGUACACAUCAAUUAUACAAUACAUAAAAAGCAGAACACAAUCAUGUGAAACAAACACUUCUCUUCAUUAAAAAGGCUCUAUAACAUCUGCUUGAAUUGCCCUGGAGCCACCGAAUCCACCAGCUUUAAAUACUUUUUUGGAGAUCAUUCCACAUGAGAGGCGCAACAUUUUUAUAAAAGCAGAAUUCCCUAACUGGGUGGUGGGAUCUCCAGGGUUAGCCAUCCCUGAGUCCUGUCUGGUAACUUCUUAUACGUCCGAAGGUUAACAAUGAGGUAAGGUCUGGCGGAAGUUUAUGCAGGAGGGCUUUAUAGACAAAAAAAGAGUGCAAUGCAUCGAUCUACGAGACUUCAAGGAGGGCCAGCCUACUUUUUUGAUACAAAAUGCAAUGACACUGAACGAAUCGGCCACGAUAAUGCGCUAUGAUAAACUGCGUCCAAUGGCUUCAAUACAGCGGCAGCUGACUUCGUAUAGACGAGAGAACUGUGAUUAGUGCUGUCGGUCGCUGCCGCUCUUUCUAACCAGCAGAAGAUGAAAUAUCAAUAGUCUUUAACUUUUAAAGUGUUACCUGUCUGUUUAUUCACAGCCAAUGUCCCUCUCUGUCUCUCUACCCUCACCCUCUGUGUUUCUCUGUAGAUUCAGGCCUGGUGGUGCCCUGUAUUUCCUAUGAGCUGCACAAGCGUCUGUUGUCAGUAGCUGAGCGUCAUGGCCUCUCAUUGGAGAGGAGGCUGGAGAUGACAGGUGUUUGUGCCAGUCAGAUGGCCCUGACGCUGCUGGGCGGGCCCAACAGGUAAGCGCACAUCCUUCCACACCAUGACACGACUCAUAAAUAAACAUUUGUCGGGCGUUUUGAGACCUCCAAAAAGUACUCUAAAUGAGUCCAUGUCCCAGGCCAUCUGUUUUGUAGAUGCAAGUAUUUACAAUUCAAGAUUAGCACAAUGCUAUUUAUAGAUUUGUAGUGCUUAUUUUGUCCACUUAUUUGGUGUUGUACAGCGUUAUCAGACUAAGUUAAAUGGUUUAUUGGUUUGUAUCCAAUAUGUAUUGCUAGACACACAAAAACCGAAUCAUCUUAUGAUGCAUACUGCCUCUACUCCCUCCAGACUGACCCCUAAGAAGGUCCACCAGCGGCCCACGGUGGCCCCACUCUGUGGCCCUCAUGUCCAGGGAGCUCAGGGCAUCACAUACUGCCUCUACUCCCUCCAAGACGUCAAGCCUAACCCUAACCUUUCAUUCAUUACAGACUGACCCCUAAGAACGUGCACCAGCAGCCCACUGUGGCUUUACUCUGCGGCCCUCAUGUCCAGGGAGCUCAGGGCAUCAGCUGUGCUCGUCACCUGGCCAACCACGAGGUGGAGGUCAUACUCUUCCUGCCUAACUUUGUCAAGGUGCUGGACGCCGUCGCCAGCGAGCUCAACCUCUACACCAAGACAGAGGGCAAACAGGUCUCCGUUAUUCAAGGUGUUGGAUCAAUUGUUGGAUCAAUUGUUGGAUCAAUUGUUAUGAACCAGUAAUCUGCUGUUUAUGUAGUGGUAGGACUCUAGCCAGCUCACCCUCUGCACCAAGACCGAGGGCAAACCCGGUCUCCAGUAUUCAAGGUGUUGGAUGGAUGUGUCUGUUCUGUGUCAUGGAGUUUAGGGUUAGUCGAUGUUACGUAAUGGUAGGUCAGGUAUUCAUAAUGCCAGUAAUCUGUUCCUGUCUAUGUCUUUAUUAUCAGGUGUGAGCAAGCGCUCUCUGUAAAGGGCAUGCCCUCAUCUAACGGACGGUUUCCUGGUUCAGACACAGGUUAUACCUAGUCCUGGAAAAAAAAGCCAUUUUAAUCUAGGUCUUGGGUUAAUCUGUAUAGAAGAGGAAGAAACGUCCCAGAAUGUUAACCUUAAAGUUACAAUGUUUCAUCUCAUCUCUCUGUCCUCCUCCCAGAGCUUCCAGACAGCCCUGUGGACCUUAUCAUCAACUGCCUGGACUGUCACGAGAACGCCUUGAUUAUGGACCAGCCGUGGUACCAGGCCGCUGCGGACUGGGCCAACCAGAACAGAGCUCCCGUGCUCAGCCUGGAUCCUCCAGUCGGCGGACAGGGCCAUGCCGUAGAAGCCAAGUGGACACUGUCUCUGGGCCUUCCGCUGCCGCUGUCGGAGGAUGCAGGCAGGGUCUACCUGUGUGAUAUUGGGGUUCCCAGACAGGUGUUCCAGGAGGUCGGGAUCAAGUAUCAUUCUCCGUUCGGUUGUAAGUUUGUGGUGCCAUUGCACUCUGCGUAACUGAAGGGUUCGAAAUACACAUUGACUCUUGGGCGUACCCUACAUCUCUGGGGCGUACCCUACAUUUUGUUAUGAUAAGUAAUUUGAACUGUGUUUUAACUGGACUGCAACCUUUGACCUUCAGAUUGAACUUUGAGCUCUCACCCUGACUAUUCAGGGUAGUGUUCAGUAUGCGCGAAAAGGAAGAAAACUAAAAAAAAUGAAAUGAAACGAGGAGGUUAGUAUCUGAACUUUGCUUGUUGGAGUGCCCUAAUGAACGCGACCCCAGUUUGGGGGAUUUGACUACAAGCAAGCCUUAAAUUCAUUUUAUUACUAAUGCAGUUAUAUGUCCAAUAUACAUUCAUACAAUCCUUUUCCAGGAUUGAACCAAGGAAUGAGAGGAGAGGGAUUAUGAUGACGCCCUGAGACAUGGCUGUUAACUAUGACUAUAUCCUUUAUAAUAUAGACUAUAUCCUCAGACAAUGUUGGGUUCCAGAAACCAUGAAACCAUGAGGCCGAGACAGAAAAACUAACCACCAGUCAGCGGCCUGCUGUCGAUGUGGAGAGCCC